GCCGCCGGACUGCGAACGUGCGCGCGUUGCGGUCAGCCGGUAUUUUUUUUUGUUUUCUUCCUCGCCCGCGGGCGCACGCGCGCGCGCACGUGGCGUUGGUGGUGCGCGAUGUCCAAGAAGCCGUCGCGGAGCGAUGCCCUCGACGACAUCUCCGCCUGGAGCACGGACGGCGUGCUGUGCCUGCUGCGCAAGAACGGGCUGGAGGAAUGUUGCAAGGCCGUGGCGAAACGGCAGAUCGACGGCGAUGAGUUGCUGCACUUGACGGAUGGGAAGCUGGCGCUCUGGAAGAGUGACCUCACGCGUCCAUUGAUAGGAAAACUAUGGGCAUUUGUGCAAGAGCUGAACAAGUCUCCAGAAAAAUAUCUGCCGGACAGGAGUGGAGAAGCGCAACAGAACGAUGAUCACUUGAGCGACAGCGGCUCCUGGGGGACCGACUUCGAGGAUGAGGCGGCCGAGGAGAACAACUCCACCGAUGAGAUCAUAAAACCAAGUCAGAUCAAGAACAAGCAGAUGUCUCUGCAGAAUAAUAGGAUGAUCAGCAGAAUACCGACGCGACCACCGUCGAAGAAAGUGAUAAAACCGGAGGAGGAGGAGACUUACGCCAAUUGCAACUCUGCCCCGGGCGAGGAGGAGAACAUGUAUGCGAAUUUUCAGGAGACGAAGCCACCGCCGACGAGAAACGUCUCGAGGCUGCACGGGAAGGCCGAAUUGGAGAAGACUCUGGCCGGGAAGCUGAAAUUGGAGUUGGAGGAGUUGAAGCGGAGGAAUGAUCCGACGAAGAAACCUGAGAUCAGGCCAAAGCCGGAGAGUCUGCCGUUGAGGAGAAUCCCGAUGACUGCCGCCGAUAAGAAAUCACCGCAGAGAUCUUUCCUGCACAACGCGCCGAAGACGGACGAACGCGGUUCUAAUGAACAAGGCAAAACGCAGAGAAGGAUGAAUGUGCCACCGCCACCGGAACCUAAGAAAAGCAAAGACUACACGUCCGUGGAGAUCAAGAAAGACACCGAUAAGGAGUCAUCGAAACCACCGGUCAUCUUGAGAAAUUUUGAUCUUGUGGCGAAUUUGCCGGCGCAAACCCAGGAGAGCGAGGACGAGUACGAGCCGCUCAACGAGAGCAUCGUCGAGCAGGUGCAGCAGAAGAACGAGAUCUCGCGGGUCGAUAGCAAGCAGUCGUUGCACAGCGGCCGCCAAGGCUCGGUCGAAAGUGUUUACAAGCCACCCAGCGUCGCGAGCCACGAGGAAGAGGAGGAUUACGAGAUUUACGAGUCUAUCACAGAAACGCCGGAGGAUAAUGAAUACCUGAGCCCCAUUCAAAGGACCAGCGAUGCGCAAGAGCCGCCUCCCUUACCCGCCAAACCAUCGCCGCCCCCACCGCCUUCGACUUUUCCCGGUAGAACCAGGUCGGAGAAACACAAAGAGCGGUCACCGGAUAAGAAAUCAGCCACAUUACCUCACGCUGGCAGUAAUACCUCGCUGUCAACCGAGAGAGCCACGCGGCCGUUACCACCGCCACCCGAGAGGCAAUCUUACGUGGACAAGCCCUGGUAUCAUAAUAUCACGAGGGAACAAGCAAUGAUUCUUAUCAGAGAACAAGGUACUUACAGUAAUCAGCAAGACGGAUACUUUCUUUUGAGACCGUCGACGACAAAUCCCGGCAAUCCCCUAGCCUUGGUUCUUUGGUACAGGGACAGGGUUUACAAUGUUCCGGUCAGGAGGAGGAACGAUAAUAGAUACGCGCUGGGCUCCGCGAAAGUGAACGAACUGUCCUUCUCGUCGGUGGAAGAGAUCGUGGCGUUUUACAUGACGGAAGAACUGAUGCUUUACAGCGGCGGCGCACCGACCGGAAGUACGAAAUUGACUGAUACUCCACCAAAGUGAUUUUAGUCCGCUACGUCCGAUCCCACUUCAGGCGGGAAGGAAGGAUCUUCGUUGUUAAUCUAGCUGUACAUAAGAGCUGUGUGCGACAUAUAUGAACACUGCCGAGUUAAACAUGCUUGCUGCACAAUGCGACGGUAUAAAAAAAAACAUGAUCAGGCUGACGAACAAGGAUUUCAGCGGUGCCUUUUUAUACUUGAAACAGUCGCGUGAAUUAAUCAAUUGCGUAAUCGUGUCGCGCGAGACGUAUUAUUUAAUUUAGCGUUAUUCCAACGGCAAGUUCCGAUUCGAAUUGUUUGUCUAAUUGUAAGAUUUAUCUCGACAAUUAUGCGUGCCUUCGAUAAAAUGACGUAAGCGAGCUCGAUUAUUGAGCAACGGAUCUCUAUUGCGGUAAAUAUACAUAUGCAUAUUUUUAAUAUACAGUCUCUUUUACGAGUUGGAUAUGUAUUUAUGGCCGAUAUGCGUCCGAGAGAGUAGACAUAAAUUUUGUGCGCUCUUCAUCGGGCAUCGUCGGGAAAAUAAUAUUUUAUCGUAACUUUUUUUUAGCAGUAUUGUUACAUUUUUACCCGCGCGUCGGUCGUUCGUUUGAUCUGUGACCAUCGAUUGAUCACACGUGUGUGCACCGGCCGUGUCUCGGCUUUCGAGGGACCGAUGACGUGUACGAGGACUUGUAUUAAAACUUUUUUUAAGAAA